AUGACAGCGCCUAUUUCUUCCCUCCAGUCCCGAAUGCAGAACGAGGAUGACCCUCGCCAGCUUCCCGAAGCACUGCGGGAGCCCACCGUCAACGGCCGGAGUCACAGCUCAGCAACCCGCGAGGAGAUAACGAGCAGCAGCGCUCCUAAGCAGAGCUGGCUGUCACAGCGAUUAGACGGUGAAAUUGACCUGAAGCAUGCCGACAUCGUGUUUCUCUUCUGCUACUUCCUCUCCGGCCUGUGCGACAGCUCCGUGUUCAGAGCGUGGGGCUGCUUUGUGAGCAUGCAGACAGGCAACACUGUCUUCCUCGGCCUCGGCGCUUCAGACUACGCUCUCCGCCAGACCUCCAAAUGGCUCAAGUCCCUGGUCUCUAUCUGCUCCUUCGUCAUCGGCAGCUGCGUCUUCUCCAUGACCCGCUGGCUCAACCCGCAGAAGCGGCGCACCCUCUUCAGCACCUUCACCGUCCAGGGCCUCCUCCUCCUCAUCGCCGCCUGCCUGCUCCAGACCGGCGUGAUCUCCGGCAAGACCACUUCUGCACCCGGCGACGGCGGCGGCGGCGGCACUGGCAUCGUCCUCGCGAGCGACCCGAGACCGGACACGGCGAUGUAUCUGGACGUCAUCCCCAUCGCGCUCGUUGCGUUCCAAUCCUCGGGCCAGAUGGCAGCCAGUCGACUCCUGGGGUUUAGCGAGAUCCCCACCACCGUCCUGACCAGCUUAUACUACGAUCUUGCCUCUGACCCGGGGCUGCUCUUACCCCUGUCCCAGAACGUCAAGCGUAAUCGACGCUUCAACGCUGUGAUUGGAGUGAUUGCCGGUGCGAUUGUGGGCGGAUGGCUGUCUCGUGCGACGGGGGGCAUUGAGGCGGCGAUGUGGAUUGCGACCGGGAGCAAGUUUGUGAUAGCGAAUAGUUGGUUGCUUUGGAAGGGAAAGGAGAAGGCGCCGCUGGGACUACUGUCGCCAGCUUGA